AUGGCGGAAAAUGAGGUGGAUUUGGACUCCAUCAUAGACAGACUUCUAGAAGUCAGAGGCAGCAGGCCUGGCAAGCAGGUCCAGCUCCUUGAGACGGAAAUUCGCUACCUAUGCACCAAGGCUCGCGAAAUUUUCAUAUCGCAGCCCAUCCUGCUUGAGCUGGAGGCGCCCAUAAAGAUCUGCGGCGACAUACACGGACAGUACUACGAUCUCCUCCGUCUGUUCGAAUAUGGCGGUUUCCCCCCCGAGGCAAACUAUCUCUUCCUCGGCGAUUACGUCGACCGUGGCAAACAGUCUCUCGAGACCAUUUGCCUGCUCCUUGCAUACAAGAUCAAGUAUCCCGAAAAUUUCUUCAUCUUGCGCGGCAACCACGAGUGCGCCUCCAUUAACCGUAUCUACGGCUUCUACGACGAGUGCAAGAGGAGAUACAACAUCAAGCUAUGGAAGACCUUCACCGAUUGCUUCAACUGCCUGCCGAUUGCUGCCAUUAUUGACGAGAAGAUCUUCACUAUGCAUGGAGGUCUGAGCCCCGAUCUCAACUCUAUGGAGCAGAUCCGCCGCGUCAUGAGGCCGACUGAUGUAAGUCCUUUCCUCGCCUUGGUGUGGCUUUUCACGAAUAUUUUUUUUUCGGCAUCUGGGUGUAUCCCCGACUGCGGACUACUCUGCGAUCUCUUAUGGUCUGAUCCAGACAAGGAUAUCACCGGCUGGAGCGAGAACGACCGUGGUGUGUCUUUCACAUUCGGACCCGACGUUGUCUCUCGCUUCCUACAAAAGCAUGACAUGGAUCUCAUCUGUCGUGCGCAUCAAGUCGUUGAGGAUGGUUACGAAUUCUUCUCCAAGCGACAGCUUGUGACGCUCUUUUCCGCACCCAACUACUGCGGUGAAUUCGACAACGCUGGUGCUAUGAUGAGCGUAGACGAGAGCUUGCUCUGUUCUUUCCAGAUCUUGAAGCCGGCAGAAAAGAAACAAAAGUACGUGCCCAAUCUUGGAAGCAGCCGACCGAUGUCGAUGCGAAACAAGAACCCCCCAAAGUAG